AUGGAGUUUUUUUUUUUACGGACUCCAGUUCCGGUUCAGCCACAAACACUCCGUUCAAUUUCCCUUUUCGCCAAUAUAUUCGCAUUUAUAUACCUAAACCUCUUUCACACUCUCCCUGUUUGCUUGCUCCCCUCUCCUCCCUCUCCUCCAUUGUUGUCCUUCCCCGAGCUCCGAUCAAAGAAGAGGAAAAUGAGCUCUCAGAUUUUCAGAUCCGCUUCCAGGGCCGCCAGGUCCCUUCUCUCCUCCGCUUCAAAGAACUCUCGCUUUUACUCCGAGGGGCGAGCCGCAGGAGCUGCCGCGGCGGUUUCGUUGAGCGGAAAGCUGCCGAUUGUCGUUUCGGCAUAUGGAAGGACUGGUUCUGCAAAUGCUCCGCAGUGGAUUUCUGGAGCACUUGCGAUUCCCAUGGCAGCUUAUAUGCUCCAAGAACAGGAGGCCCGUGCUGCAGAGCUGGAGCGUACCUUCAUUGCUAUCAAGCCUGAUGGGGUGCAGAGAGGACUGAUUUCAGAAAUCAUUUCCAGAUUCGAGCGCAAAGGUUUCAAGCUUGUGGCAGUCAAGAUAGUGGUUCCUUCAAAGGGCUUUGCUCAAAAGCACUACCAUGACCUGAAAGAGAGGCCAUUCUUCAAUGGCCUUUGCGACUUCCUGAGCUCUGGUCCUGUUUUGGCCAUGGUGUGGGAAGGAGAAGGUGUGAUCAAGUAUGGCAGGAAGCUCAUUGGAGCAACAGAUCCUCAGAAAUCUGAACCCGGAACUAUUCGAGGUGACCUGGCUGUUGUUGUUGGAAGGAACAUCAUUCAUGGAAGUGAUGGCCCGGAAACCGCAAAGGAUGAGAUCAAGUUGUGGUUCAAGCCGGAAGAACUGGUUAACUACACGAGCAAUGCCGAGAAGUGGAUCUACGGAAACAAUUGACGACGAUGAUGAUCAUUUCCACCCCUUCCUAUUGAAUUUUCUUUCUCCAGCUUUCUUCCAGGGUGAUUAGAAGAUGCCACACUAGAUUGUGGUUAGAAGCAGAGGAUUUUCUAGAAUAAAAAACUGUUACUUCAGCCUUUAGGAUCAAUAGGUUUUCUUUUAAUCAUAUGCGGUUUGAAUACUUCCCUUGAGAGUUAAGCAUUCAGGAAUAAAGAAUCUGAGUCUGUCAUCAAUUGUUAUGUUCUUCAUGCCCUCUACUUUGCCUUCCAUUUUGUAGAUCACCUUUGUCGACAUUUUAGCGGUCCAUUGCUAUUAACUCUGCCCCUGUAGGGGGUGGUAAUUGGUUUUUGGUUAAUCGAUAAUGAAACCG